CAAACCGGAGGCAGGGGCCUGGCCACGGUGACCCCAGGGCCCGGGGCGGACGCCAAACCGGGCGGGGGCCCAGCGCCGAGCCCGGAAGGGGCCCGGCCGGGCGGAAAGGGGCCGGGAACAAUUCGGAGACAGAAAGAGGAAGCGGGCGGGGGGCGGCGGCGGACACUCUGGAAGCCCUCGGAGGGGUCCGCGGCGUCUCUCCUACGACAUGGCCGGCCCCCUGGCCCCCCGAGGCCCCGCGCGGAGCCCCUGUCUCCUCCUCCUGUUCUUCCUCCUCCUCCUCUUCCUCCUCCGCCUGCCCCUGGCCUUGGGGUCUGCGGCCCUAUGGUCUCUCCACUAUCACUUCACGGCCCUGAGCCAACCAGGCCCGGGGCUUCCCCGCUUCUGGGCCUCGGGCUUCCUGGGAGAGGAGCUGGUGGUGACGUUCAAAGCGGCCGGCACCGGGGGCCAGGAAGGCCAGGCCGAGGCCCAGGGGCCCUGGAAAUUUGAACUCCUCCCUCCCUGGGCCUGGGAGCAAGAGACCACGGAUCUCCGGAGCCGCCACGCGGAGAUGGAGAAGGCUCUGGCCGCCAUCGUGGAGCAAGCCGGUCCUGGAAUCGGAAACGGGGGGCUCCCAGGGUCGCACACGCUCCAGGGCCUGGUCAGCUGUGCGCUCCGAAAGGACAACAGAACCGAGGGCGUCUCCCGCUUCGGCCUGGAUGGGCGCGACCUGCUGACCUUGGACCACCUGACGACCCCAGAGGCCACCUGGGUGGGGGCCGGGCCCGCGGCCGACAGCGUCCGGAAAGCCUGGGGGUCUCAACAAGCUGAGAAGGAGGUGGGCUUUCUGCAGGUGACGUGCCUCAAGCGCCUGCAGAACCACCUGAAAACCGGCCGGGGGAACUUGGCGUGGACAGAGGCUCCCACGGUCCGCAAGUCCACCCGCCGCUCCCCGGGCCAGAACACUACGCUCCUCUGCCGGGCCUUCACCUUCCACCCCCCCGACCUCCGCCUCUCCUGGCUGCGGGACGGCGCGGUGCUGCCGGGGGAGACCCGGGCCCAGGCGCCCCUCCCCAGCGGGGAUGGAACGUUCCAGACCUGGGAGGUCCUGAAAGUCCCUGAGGGAGAGGAGUGGAGAUACGCCUGCCGCGUGGAGCAUCAGGGCCUGGCCCAACCUGUUAUCCUAACGUGGGAGCAACGAGGCCCUUCCCCGGCCUGGCUCUUUGCGGCCUCCGUCCUGAUCCUGGCCGCGGGGGCGGCGGGGUACCUGGUGUGGAGGAGGAGGAAGCUGGGACCCCCAGCCCUGUGGCUCCGUCUCCGCGGAGAGGACACCGGCUCCCUGCUGCCCGAUCCCGCCACCUCCGACUCGGACGUCCCAUCGGCGGCCAUUUGACGCCCCCCGGGCCUCCCCCCCGGCCCCCGCUCUCUGCCGGUCCCGGGACUCCCCCUCCCCUCCCGGUGUCCUUCUCGGUUUAUUGAACCACA